UUUACUAUUGCGCCUCCGUCCUCGCUGGGCAUUCAAACAGCUUUCCGACAUCACCAGCCAAGGAUUUUUUUCCGCCCCCUCUCCCGAGUCGCCGUCGGUCCAGCAGUACCUGCGGGGCGGGGGGAGGAGGAGGAGGGAGGACUGAGCGGAAAGAGGAAAAGGCAAAAGCUUCAGCCCUCCGAUCCGACCACGAAUACUCCUGUCAUAAACCCACCGCCCCACAAAUCCGCCUGAGCCGCCGCCGCCGCCGCCGCCGGCCACUUCUCGUCUCAGCGCUCUCUUGGCUUCUUGGCUUAUCGAUUUCUUGAGUGUGUAGAUUUGGUAAAACAAAUCCUCGCUCUUCAGCUACUUGCAUUUUUUUUUAAAUUGUUUGUUUUCUUAAGAGUCUCUCUUCGGGGGGCCACCCUCCGCCCCCGGCCCUCGGUUGGAUACGGCGUCAGGCUCGAGGGUCCUGGAGGCGUUUUUCUCCCCCACCCGGCCCCCUUAUUGAUUUUCUCCCCCAUGUUUUGCUUCUCAUAUGUGUGCAUUUAUUAUAUACAUAUAUAAAUCCUGAUUUUUGAAGCUGAGCCGGGGAAAAUGGGCAACGGCGAUUGGGACCGAAGGGGAGUCUCUCCGUCAGUGUUGCUGGGACGCGUGCCUGUGCUGGUGUCUUAGAGCAAGAGCCUCCCUGAGCUUUCGGAGUGGAAGAAGUGGAAGAGAUUGCAGCCUAAAGACUUUUUAAAUUAACUUGGCAUCACUUUUCUCAGCUCAAAGGCUAAACAAAAAAAAAGCAGUGUCAUUUAUUCUAAGAAAUAACUUCUUAAAGGUUAAAGCUGAAAAAAAAAUCCAAGUUAUUUUUGGAUAACAACUUACAGAGGCCAAAUGACAUAGGAUGAAGGCUGUUCGUAACCUGCUGAUUUAUAUAUUUUCCACCUAUCUCCUGGUUAUGUUUGGAUUUAAUGCUGCCCAAGACUUCUGGUGUUCAACUUUGGUGAAGGGUGUCAUUUAUGGAUCGUAUUCUGUAAGUGAAAUGUUUCCCAAAAACUUUACAAACUGCACUUGGACACUGGAAAAUCCAGAUCCAACCAAAUAUAGCAUUUACCUGAAAUUUUCCAAAAAGGACCUUAGCUGCUCUAACUUUUCCCUCCUGGCUUAUCAGUUUGAUCAUUUUUCUCAUGAAAAAAUAAAGGAUCUUUUAAGAAAGAACCAAUCUAUAAUGCAACUCUGCGAUUCCAGGAAUGCUUUCGUUUUUCUACAAUAUGAUAAAAAUUUUAUUCAAAUUCGUCGGGUAUUUCCAACUGACUUCCCAGGAUUACAGAAAAAAGGGGAAGAAGACCAGAAAUCUUUUUUUGAGUUUUUGGUAUUGAACAAGGUGAGCCCAAGCCAGUUUGGUUGCCAUGUAUUAUGCACUUGGUUGGAGAGCUGCUUAAAAUCAGAAAAUGGGAGAACGGAAGCAUGUGGGAUCAUGUAUACAAAAUGCACCUGCCCUCAGCAUCUGGGAGAGUGGGGGAUCGACGACCAGUCGCUGGUUUUAUUAAAUAACGUGGUGUUACCCCUGAAUGAGCAGACCGAGGGCUGCCUGACCCAAGAGCUGCAAACCACCCAGGUCUGCAAUCUUACCAGAGAGGCCAAGCGACCGCCCAAAGAAGAAUUUGGAAUGAUGGGAGAUCAUACAAUUAAAAGUCAGCGACCUCGAUCUGUUCAUGAGAAAAGGGUCCCUCAGGAACAAGCUGAUGCUGCUAAAUUUAUGGCACAAACUGUACAUGGAGUUUGGGAGGAGUGGUCACCAUGGAGUUUAUGUUCAUUUACAUGCGGUCGAGGCCAAAGAACAAGAACAAGGUCGUGCACACCUCCUCAGUACGGAGGAAGGCCAUGUGAAGGACCUGAAACACAUCAUAAGCCUUGUAAUAUUGCUCUCUGCCCAGUUGAUGGCCAGUGGCAGGAGUGGAGUUCUUGGAGCCAGUGCUCGGUGACCUGCUCGAAUGGGACCCAGCAGAGAAGCCGGCAGUGUACUGCUGCGGCUCAUGGGGGUUCUGAGUGCAGAGGGCCAUGGGCGGAAAGCAGAGAGUGCUAUAAUCCAGAGUGUACAGCCAAUGGUCAGUGGAAUCAGUGGGGUCAUUGGAGUGGAUGUUCCAAGUCCUGUGACGGUGGCUGGGAAAGGCGAAUAAGGACCUGUCAGGGUGUAGCGAUAACAGGGCAGCAAUGUGAAGGAACAGGCGAAGAAGUGAGAAGAUGCAGUGAGCAGCGAUGUCCUGCACCUUAUGAAAUAUGCCCCGAGGAUUAUCUGAUGUCCAUGGUGUGGAAAAGGACUCCAGCGGGCGACUUGGCCUUCAAUCAGUGUCCACUGAAUGCCACAGGCACCACUAGCAGACGCUGCUCUCUCAGUCUUCAUGGAGUGGCCUUCUGGGAACAGCCGAGCUUUGCAAGAUGCAUAUCAAAUGAGUACAGACACUUGCAGCAUUCAAUUAAAGAACACCUGGCUAAGGGGCAACGAAUGCUGGCAGGUGACGGGAUGUCCCAAGUGACCAAGACACUGUUGGAUCUAACUCAGAGGAAAAAUUUCUAUGCAGGGGAUCUUCUGAUGUCUGUGGAAAUCCUCAGAAAUGUGACAGACACAUUUAAAAGGGCAAGUUACAUCCCUGCCUCUGAUGGUGUCCAGAACUUCUUUCAAAUAGUUAGCAACCUUCUAGAUGAAGAGAACAAAGAGAAAUGGGAAGAUGCACAGCAGAUUUACCCAGGCUCAAUAGAGUUGAUGCAGGUGAUUGAAGACUUUAUACACAUUGUUGGAAUGGGGAUGAUGGACUUUCAGAAUUCAUACUUAAUGACUGGAAAUGUAGUGGCCAGCAUUCAGAAGCUUCCUGCAGCCUCUGUUCUGACAGACAUCAACUUCCCAAUGAAAGGACGGAAGGGAAUGGUUGACUGGGCAAGAAACUCAGAAGAUAGAGUAGUCAUUCCGAAAAGCAUUUUUACUCCUGUGUCAUCAAAAGAAUUAGAUGAGUCAUCCGUAUUUGUUCUUGGAGCAGUCCUGUACAAAAACUUAGAUCUAAUUUUGCCCACUCUGAGAAAUUAUACUGUCGUUAAUUCCAAAAUCAUCGUGGUCACAAUAAGGCCUGAACCCAAAACAACGGAUUCGUUCCUGGAGAUAGAACUAGCUCAUUUGUCUAAUGGCACUUUGAAUCCCUAUUGUGUCUUAUGGGAUGACUCAAAAACGAACGAGUCUUUGGGAACGUGGUCCACCCAGGGAUGUAAAACUGUGCUUACCGAUGCAUCCCAUACGAAAUGCUUAUGUGAUCGUCUCUCUACCUUCGCCAUUUUGGCUCAGCAACCUAGAGAAAUAAUCAUGGAAUCCUCUGGUACACCUUCAGUUACCCUAAUAGUAGGCAGUGGCCUUUCUUGCUUGGCCUUGGUCACCCUAGCAAUUGUCUAUGCAGCAUUAUGGAGGUACAUACGCUCUGAAAGGUCCAUCAUUCUAAUUAACUUCUGCCUGUCUAUCAUCUCAUCCAACAUCCUCAUACUGGUUGGACAGACUCAGACUCAUAAUAAGAGCAUCUGUACAACCACCACUGCAUUUUUGCACUUUUUCUUCUUGGCUUCAUUCUGUUGGGUUUUGACGGAGGCUUGGCAGUCAUAUAUGGCUGUAACUGGAAAAAUCAGAACACGGCUUAUAAGGAAACGCUUUUUGUGCCUUGGAUGGGGUUUACCAGCAUUAGUAGUGGCCACAUCAGUAGGCUUCACCAGGACGAAAGGAUAUGGCACUGAUCACUACUGCUGGCUCUCUCUUGAAGGAGGACUACUCUACGCGUUUGUAGGACCUGCAGCUGCCGUUGUCCUGGUCAACAUGGUGAUUGGCAUUUUGGUAUUUAAUAAACUUGUUUCCAGAGAUGGGAUCCUAGAUAAAAAGCUCAAACACAGAGCCGGUCAGAUGAGUGAGCCUCAUAGCGGUUUGACGCUCAAAUGUGCCAAGUGUGGAGUAGUUUCAACAACAGCUUUGUCAGCCACCACCGCCAGUAACGCCAUGGCAUCUCUUUGGAGCUCCUGUGUGGUGUUGCCCCUGCUGGCUCUGACGUGGAUGUCUGCAGUUCUGGCCAUGACGGACAAACGCUCCAUAUUGUUCCAAAUACUUUUUGCCGUAUUUGAUUCAUUGCAAGGCUUUGUGAUCGUCAUGGUCCACUGUAUUCUUCGGAGAGAGGUUCAGGAUGCAUUUAGAUGCCGACUGAGAAACUGUCAGGAUCCAAUCAAUGCUGAUUCUUCAAGCUCUUUUCCUAAUGGGCAUGCGCAAAUCAUGACAGACUUUGAAAAGGAUGUAGACAUUGCUUGUCGGUCAGUUCUUCAUAAGGAUAUUGGUCCUUGCCGAGCAGCAACAAUAACAGGGACGCUCUCUAGGAUUUCUUUAAAUGAUGAUGAAGAAGAAAAGGGAACAAAUCCCGAAGAGCUAAGCUAUUCAACAUUGCCUGGAAAUGUCAUUUCUAAAGUCAUUAUCCAGCAGCCCACGGGUUUGCACAUGCCCAUGAGUAUGAAUGAGCUGGGCAAUCAAUGUUUGAAAAAGGAGAACAGUGAAUUGCGGAGAACUGUGUACUUAUGUACAGAUGAUAAUUUGAGAGGGGCUGAUAUGGACAUAGUCCAUCCUCAAGAAAGAAUGAUGGAAAGUGACUACAUUGUGAUGCCCAGAAGUUCUGUAAACACCCAGCCAUCAAUGAAAGAGGAAAGCAAAAUGAAUAUUGGCAUGGAAACCCUGCCACAUGAAAGGCUAUUGCACUACAAAGUAAAUCCUGAGUUCAACAUGAAUCCCCCUGUGAUGGACCAGUUCAGUAUGAACUUAGAUCAGCAUCUUGCACCCCAGGAACAUAUGCAGAAUUUACCCUUUGAGCCCCGCACAGCUGUGAAGAAUUUCAUGGCCACUGAGUUGGAUGAUAAUGCAGGACUAUCAAGAAGUGAAACUGGAUCGACCAUAUCAAUGAGUUCUUUAGAGAGAAGAAAAUCACGAUAUUCAGACCUUGACUUUGAGAAGGUCAUGCAUACAAGGAAGAGGCAUAUGGAACUGUUUCAGGAACUAAAUCAGAAAUUUCAAACUUUGGACAGAUUUCGGGAUAUACCAAAUACAAGCAGUAUGGAAAACCCAGCACCAAACAAGAAUCCAUGGGACACUUUCAAAAACCCCAGUGAAUACCAACAUUACACCACAAUCAAUGUCUUAGAUACAGAGGCAAAGGACGCUUUGGAACUGAGGCCAGCAGAGUGGGAGAAGUGUCUGAAUUUGCCUCUGGAUGUGCAGGAGGGUGACUUUCAAACCGAAGUUUAACAAAAUCAAAAUGGACUGAGAUGGAGACAAAACUUAUUGCACUGACACUUAAGACUUGGGAAGCCUGACAUUUCUAUCUGGACAGCGUGACUAUCCUAUGUCAGGACCUUCACAUGCCACAUGUCAGUGGUGUUAGCGUAUGGUAACUUCUCCCUGGCCAAGCUAGUGGAGAGAGGACCAGGUGUACAGUUCUGACCAUCCUGUGUUGUAAGUACCCGUGGAAUGGAUUUGUAAGGUAAUCUUUAUAGAUAAACCUCAAGCAACGAUUCAUGUUGUAACCGCUUCAUAUGGUUUAGUUUUCAAAAAACUUCACCAUGAAGCACAAUGUAUAUAUUUAUGCAGUUUUUAAAGUUUAUAACAGUCUGUUUGGCCAUUACUACACUUUUUACUUUAUAAUAUAAAAGCAAAGUUUUUGUCAUUAAAUGAAUGUUUGUUGAGCUACAUUCUUCAUUGCUUUAAAUGCAAUAAAGUAAUAAUCUCACUUUUAUAUGAAUAAUAUAUUUCACAUCUUUAUUAUUGCAGUUUUCUCUAGAAAGCUCUGAGUAGCUUUCUCUGCUGCAGCUGUGUAUAAAAUAUUUAAAAUGUUGUAUGGUGUAAAUAAACUUUUGUCUACAUAUCA